UUAAAAUAACUGUUCAUUCUGCUGCAACAUUACUUGACCACAAGACACAGCCCUUCAUUCUUUUUUAGCACUAUUUAAAUAAGAUUGCUGCUUAUCUCUGCUGUCAUUUUUUGCGAGUGGAUGACGUUAUCUCUCAGCACUUGUCUGUCAUCUGCAGGCUUUCAAACACAACAUGACACUCGCUAAAUCUGUAGGCGUUGAUGCUUGUUCCGCUUUACAUGGUUUGUAUUUGUAUUGUCGCAAGGUUCUUUCAUCCCUCUGCACUUUCGUACGCCGGAGAAUAAAGCCGCUGCUCUCAAAGAAUUUCGAGAAUCAAAGGUUGGGAGAUGUUAUGUGAUGAAAGCUAAUUUAAUAUCACAGGCAACUGCAUAGACACUAGUUCCCUCACUGUCAAACAAGAGUCACAAUCAUGUGAAGAAUUUUGCAAAACCAAAAGUAGGUCAGCUGGGCACAUCCCUGGGGGACAUUAAACAGUAUCGGACCCAACUCACCAGCUACACUGGAUAUGAAACUUGCAUCAUCCUUAUAGAACUAAACCUGUUAGCGUCAGACUGUUUCUGUAAAUGCUAGAGGCGUCAUUAAAACUGGGCCAUUAAGGGCCAAUUAAACGCAACUGUCUGUUCAACUUUUGAUUCGAAGACCAUGUUAUAUAAUUGUCUGACCCAAAUAGUGAAGUCGUCUCUGGCAUCUUGAUGAAAGCGCGCUAUUCUUCUAGAAGAGGGAAAGGAGUGAGUGGAACACCUUCUACGACAAGACUCUUGGAAUCAGCAUCCUUUACAUCUUUUCAGCGCUCCAACAGUCAUGACAAAGUUCGCAAGAUAGUCGCUGAGGAAGGUCGAGCUGCCAGAAACCUGAUCGCUUGGAGGUUACCCCUUGAGAGCAAAGAUGAGGAAGCGAAAUCCAAAAUCAAUUCCAGCAGCAGUUCCAGGGCGCAGAGGUUCCAUUCGGGGCAACAAAGAAAUAAGAAACAGAAUGCUGGCGUUGAAAACAAAAGUACAGCUGGGGCCAUGUUGGACAAGACAGCUGACAAGAGCCCCACCAAGGCCCGGCAGCCUCGCAAAGUGGACCUGCGAGCUCGAUAUUGGGCCUUCCUCUUCGAUAACCUGCGACACGCCGUAGACGAGAUUUACGUGACUUGUGAAUCCGACCAGAGUGUUCUGGAGUGCAAGGAAGUAUUGAUGAUGUUGGACAAUUAUGUUCGGGAUUUCAAAGCUCUUAUCGACUGGAUACAGCUUCAAGAGAAGUUGGAAAAAACAGACGCACAAAACAGGCCUACGUCUUUAGCUUGGGAGGUACGCAAGAUGUCUCCAGGUCGGCAUGUCAUGGCGAGCCCUACAACCGAGAGAAUGGUUCCAUCCUCAGGAGCGCGACGCACCGUCAACUUUCGGGGUCCCUCGCCGUCACUGGCUGCCGCUCGGCUCUCUCACACUGGCCCCAGCUGGGCAGACAGAGUGAAGUGCUCUCAGUCUGUCUCUAGCUCAAAUCACUCGACAACACAACAAGAAAAGCCAAGUAAAAAAGACGCCGAUGGCUGGGAGACGGUCCAGCGAGGCCGCGCUGCUAAGCCUCGCUCUGCUGCCAUAGUUGCAAAAGUCAGCCCUGUUGUCACUCAGGUUCCCCCAAAGCAGAUCAGCUGCAGAGAGAAACAAGUCCGUCCUCAGUCGCAAGAGCAACAGAAUAAUAGCAAGUGUCCCCCAGACAAUGAUCAGACCCAGAAAGACCCAGACAAAGAACUCCCCUCCAAGCCUGUGGAGUCGGUGGAGCAUCCGAAGAACGGUGAUACAUCGGAGACCCCAGCAGAGCGUGCACAAGACUCUGUGGAGUAUGUCGACACACCCUGUGAAGAUGUGCCUCCCCCAGUAGCAGCUCCUUCCGUUUCCCAAGCCCCCGAGCCCAAACCCUCCGCCACAGACCCCACUUCAGAUAUUCCCGUGUCAGUCCCAGUCCCUGGUCUGACCAUCUCCACAGCCCCUGAUCUGCUGCAGACGGAUGGGCUCGGUUUGCUGCCGGCCUUAGGGGACGGCGGGGCUGAGGGGGGCACGUCGCAGGGCAUGGGCACAUCUGCUCCACAACAGGCCGAGACUCCCAUGGCAGCGGUGAAACUGGAGAGUGUGCUGGACCCCACAGAGCUUUCUACUCCUCAGUCCAUGGCAGAGGUUCUCGCUAAGAAAGAGGAGCUGGCCGACCGACUGGAGAAGGCCAACGAGGAGGCGAUAGCGAGCGCCAUCGCUGAAGAAGAGCAGCUGACCCGAGAGAUCCAAGCUGAGAACAGCGAACUGGAGACAGACAACGAAAGCGAGUUCUCCACUGGAUUGGGUAACGGUGGAUGUGGAGCCAACUUGGACUGGAGUGACGUGCUAGCUGACUAUGAAGGUGAGAUGGAGAUUCAAAUAUGUCAGGGACAUUGUGAGAUAAUGUAUAAAUGUUUUGUAGCUCGUGAACCGUGGCGCCAGAGCACAUCAUGGGGAGAAAUGGUUGAAGAGGAACCAGCCAGACCUCCUGGACAUGGGAUCCACAUGCACGAAAAACUCUCCUCGCCAUCCCGAAAAAGAACCAUCGCUGAGUCCAAAAAGAAACACGAGGAGAAGCAGCUAAAGGCGCAGCAGCUGAGGGACAAGCUCCGGGAGGAAAAGACUCUCAAACUGCAAAAGCUCUUGGAGCGGGAGAAAGAGGUGAGGAAAUGGAAGGAGGAGUUGCUGGAGCAGCGGCGGAAGAUGAUGGAGGAAAAGCUGCUCCACGCUGAGCUGAAAAGAGAACUGCAGCUUCAGGCCAUUGUGAAGAAAGCUCAAGAGGAGGAGGCCAAGGUGAACGAAAUUGCAUUCAUCAACACUCUGGAAGCUCAAAACAAGAGACACGACGCGCUCGCUAAAUUGAAUGAGUACGAGCAGCGACUCAAUGAGCUCCAAGAGGACAGACAGAGGAGACAAGAGGAGAAGCAGGCCCGUGACGAAGCUGUGCAGGAGCGCAAGCGAGCUCUUGAAGCAGAGCGACAGGCCCGAGUAGAGGAGCUGCUGAUGCGUCGCAAAGAGCACGAGGCUCGGAUUGAGCAGCAGAGGCAAGAGAAAGAAAAGGCUCGAGAGGAUGCGGCGAGAGAACGAGCCAGAGACAGAGAGGAGCGACUGGCAGCACUCAGUGCUGCCCAACAAGAAGCCAUGGAGGAGCUCCAAAAGAAAAUCCAGCUCAAGCAUGAUGAGAGCAGUCGCCGGCACAUGGAGCAAAUUGAGCAAAGGAAGGAGAAGGCUGCCGAGUUCAGCAGCGGCCGCCACGCCAACACAGACUACGCCCCCAAGUUGACACCUUAUGAACGCAAGAAGCAGUGCUCGCUUUGUGGCGUCGUGAUCACCUCUGAGGUGCACCUGUUCAGCCACAUCAAGGGCAAAAGGCACCAGCAGGCCGUCCGAGACAGCAGCAGCAUCCAAGGACGGGAGCUCUCCGAUGAGGAAGUGGAGCAUCUCUCCCUGAAGAAGUACAUUGUGGAUAUUGUGAUCGACAGCUCGGUUUCAUCUGAGAGCACCAAGGACGGCGAAGAGAGACAGAAGGCCCGGAAGAAAGCAAAGAAGCUCAGAGCUCGAAUGGACUCCAGAGCAAAAGAGUAUGAGCUAUCGAGUGAUGCCAAGACUCCAGUCCCUGAUUCACCUUACAAGGCCAAGUUGCAGCGUCUUGUGAAGGACCUGUUGAAGCAGCUACAGGGACAGGACAGCGGUCAGUGGGCCAACAACAAGGUCUCCGGUCUUGACCGAACUUUAGGACAAAUCUCGCGCAUCCUGGAAAAACAGAACAAUGCAGACCAAGUGGCCUUCCAAGUGGGAGGCGGCCUCACUGCCCUGGAACAGAUUCUGCAGGUCAUCACUGCUGUCUCCUCCCCUGCCGUUGUCCCCCGUAUUCCACACAAAUCUCUGUGUGCUGCCGUGAACACCUACUUCCUGGCCUGUUCCCGGUGUCCCAUCAACUGCUCCUACGUUCUCUUCAGCAACAAGAUUGCUCUUCUUAUGGACCUUUUGCUUCAUCAGCUGACACUUUACGUUCCAGAUGAAGACAAGUCCAUUUUUGGCCGCAGUGUAAACAAACAAGUCUUUGAAGGUUUGACCACAGGCCUUUUACAAACCACUGCUACCAUCCUGGGGUCCCUGUUGACACACAUCUCAGAGUGUGGACAAGGUGAAAACACAAGAAUUUCCUCCCCUGACGCCAAAGGGAAGAGCUCCGUGAUAGAAUCCUUCAACACUCGUUCACAGGACCUUAUCAGCUAUGUAGUAAACAUAGGUUUGAUUGACAAGCUGUACGGCUGCUUCCUGUCAAUCCAGAGUCCCGUCGACGAGCAUCCCAAGAUGUCUGCCUUCCUCCAGCAGGCGUCUGCACUCCUGCACAGCAUCUGCAAGAUUUGCUUUGUCAUAACUGGACGUGCUUCCAGUAUUUUCGACAACAAGCGCCAGGACCCAACUGGACUCACGGUGCUGCUGCAGUCCACCGACCUGGUGGGAGUCGUGCACACGCUGUACUGCAUCCUUUUGCACAGUUUCUCUCCGGAGUCGGCCUCUCAGAGCCAGGAGCCCUACAGCCCCGGGGUCAUUCAGGUGGCCUUGCAAGGCAUUCGCUUCCUCAACAGUUUUGCCCUGCUUGACCUUUCCGCCUUCCAGUCUGUCCUGGGAGCUGAGGGUCUGUCGCUGGCGUUCCGACACAUCAUCAGCUCUCUGCUCUGGUACUGUACUCAGCAUUCCUCGGAGGAGCUGCUCCAUGAGGUCAUCAUCUGUGUCGGCUACUUCACUGUCAAUCACUCCGACAACCAGGUGAUGGUGCAGUCGGGACGGCAGCCCAGCGUCCUGCAGAAACUCUGCCAGCUGCCCUUCCAGUACUUCAGCCACCCGCGGCUCAUCCGCGUCCUCUUCCCUUCCCUCAUCUCCGCCUGCUACAACAACACUCCCAACAAGGACAUCCUGCAGCAGGAGAUGAGCUGCGUGCUGCUGGCCACCUUCAUCCAGGAUUGUGCUGCGAAUGAGAGGGAGUCUGACAAUAAAGCCAAACAAGGAGUGUUCCAGCUGCUGGAUUACUGCGAGUUGUCCAACCGUUUUCCCAGAGACCAGUGGGAUUCUGCUCUACAGUACUUCCUCAAGAAGCAGGAGGAGUGAUGAGCAGCGCGCGCCUCGCCUUGGAUCAGUAUAAACACUAGAAAAGAGAUGUUUUCUUCACGUUUGUGUUCGUCGGGUUACUCCGUAACUCUGAUCAAGCCUUAUUCUCUGCUGCUGCAUCUGCUCUGAUUUCCAGUUUGAACGGUUCCUUCAAGAGAAUUUGCACAUGCCUUUCUUUUUUUUCUUUUUUUUUAAUAUAUACAUCCUGAAAAAAAACAAGCACAAGAUAUGUGUGACUGUUGUGUUGAUGUGACAGUUGGUACUGGAACGGUUCCAGUGGCAUUGUUGUUUAUUUAUUUGUCUCCUUUCUGUGUUUCUCUUGUGGACAAUAUGCUAGUAAAAAGUCACUUCUUCCUUUUUAAACCUCACAGAUAAAUUAAUAUAAUUUAUUGAAUUAUUUACAUUUUUUGUUAUAAAGAAAUAAAAACUCAUGCACCAUU